AUGAAUAAUCCGAAUGCCAGCAACGGGGCACGUCCCCUACCGAUCCCAAUCGAAGAAAUCCUGAACAGUAUCCCAAGGGAGCUCCAUUGCUUACGCCACGCACAACAAAACACCAAUAAUGCCAAGCAGCCGCCUUCGAUCUUUCACAAACCAACUCAACACAUCAAGGCAACAAUAACUCCAAGAGCAACAACCCAAGAAUCCCUCAUUCAACCGUUGAAUUCCUUAAUGAUUGAUCAACGCCUAUUCAGCGGCGAUAUAAAACUACCAGAAUUCCAUGGCAACCCAUCGGAAUUCGGUUCAUUUUGGGAACUCUUUGAAGAACUCGUUCACAAACAACCCUUCUCCAACAUAAGGAAACUCUCCAUUCUACUCAGUUGUUGCAAAGGAGACGCAGCAAGAUGCCUACGAAUGAUUCCUCGCACAGGGGAC